GAGCAAGUACCGUCCGAUGUGCUGUGAGAGCGCUCAUCAGAAAUCCCGAGGCAGAACGACGCAGCGUCACACAUCGCUUUUAUUAAAUAACUUGUUCUACGCUAUAUAUAUAUAUAUAUAUAUAUAUUUAUUUAGUAGAAAAAAUUAUUUAUUUAUAGUAUUAUUAUCGAAAACUUUAUUCUUUAAAAAUUUUUUGCUCCUAAAUGCCAUGGCAGGCCCGUGAGAAAUGGCAGGCCAAAAACAAUGACUACAAUAACAAAAAACCGAACCUGAAGAGAGAAAAACGAAAAAGAAAAGCGUAAAAAAUUAAAGAAAGGGCAAACAGAAGAAAAAUCUCAUUGUAUUUAUCCUAUUUUGGCGUUUGCAUUUUUUAAUGUGGAAUACGGCUAUGGAAUCCAAAGCCAGCAACAGAGAUUGGUGUGACUGCUCUUCUUCUUCGUUGAUCUGUUGUCUGGGAAAUUUCUAGGGUUUUUGGUUGGAGCUCUGGAUCUUGUCAUCCUUCGAUCUGAUUCACGAGAUUAUUACUAUAAAAGGGAGAUAAAAGGAAAUCAAAUUUCACCUGGCAAAAAACAAACCUGCUAGAUGGUUAAUCUUGGUUUCGCCUUUUAGUUUUAGGUUUGGUGGAUUCUUACUUCUAGUACCUGUGUCUAGAUCUAUAGCACUUCAUAAUGACAGAACCAAGCUCAGUAGACGUGAUUUUGGACUUUUUGAGGAGAAAUCGCUUUACAAGAGCUGAGGCAGCUUUGCGUAGUGAACUUGGUAACCACUCUGAUUUGAAUGGAUUCGUUCAGAAACUUACUCUUGAAGAAAAGGACUCUGGCAAGGUACUAGAAGAAGAAAACGUGAGAAAAACAGUGGGUGAAAGUCAUGGCUCAGGUUCUCGAAACAGUGGUGAGGUUUCUAAGGAACUUAUAGUGAAAGAGAUAGAGUGUGGGGCUGUCAGAAAUGGUUCUGAGAGCAAAUGGAGAAAUGCUGCUUCUACUGGGGAGCGUAAUAAACCUAAUGAAGCAAAAGUGACAAGUGAUAAGAGUUUGACUUUCUCUAAAAAUUCAGAGGAUGCCGUACUCAAUUUGCAGCCGUGGAACUUCAAUACUAGCAAUGGUCCUGAUCUGUACAAAAAUGAUGGUUUUGUUAGUAGCACUAGCUUUUUGGAGAUAGAGAAACCUGAACAGUCAAGAUAUCGUAUAGCUGAAGCUCCUGACACUGAUAAAAGCAAUGUUAAAUCUGGAGAAGAGAUUGCCUCUUUGGGUGAAAUGAAAACUUCAUGGUUUGGAAAUCCUAGCAAAGCUAAUGUAGAUUCCAAGUAUUACAAGUUUCAUACCAGUGAAACUAAGGAGUUUGAUCAGCAAUUUAAGACUAGCAGUGCAUACUUGAAGGAAAACUUUUCUGAUAACAGCAGAUUAUCUAGAACUGAGGAACCCAGUAGUUCAAUGUCAGAGAUAUGGAAAGAUUGUUCUGUCGAGACUGUUUUUCCAUUCCCUAAGGGGGAUGUAUCUAUCUGUUAUGAUGCUGCCACUGCUUCAGAUAAGAGAGAAGGAAAGAAGAAAGCAGAUGCUCCUGAUGUUAGGGUGGCAAUUAAAGAACAGGUGGAUGAGGUUGGAAGGGCUUUAUUCUUUGGGAAGUCUCAAGCCAGUGCUGAUCAAAAAGGUUUAAAUGGGCUGGCCUUCCCUCUUGCAUCUGGUAAUCCAAAGGAAGAGUUACCUAGGCUGCCACCUGUUAAACUCAAGUUGGAGGAGAAGUCAUUUAAUGUUAAUUGGGAGGAAAAAUAUGAACCUGAUGGCCCAGGUGCAAAGCUCACAAGUUCUGACAAUACCUUCCUUUUAGGGUCCUAUCUGGAUGUUCCCAUUGGACAAGAGAUAAACUCUUCAGAUCUCGAAAAUCUUGUUUAUGAUGAUCCAGGUGGGAAAAGGAAUGCUGGAGGUAGUUGGCUUUCUGUGAGUCAGGGCAUUACAGAAGAUACAUCUGAUCUGAUUUCUGGUUUUGCUACUAUUGGUGAUGGAAUAAGUGAAUCUGUUGAUUACCCAAAUGAGUAUUGGGACUCUGAUGAAUAUGAUGAUGAUGAUGAUGUUGGAUACAUGAGGCAACCUAUCGAGGAUGAAGCCUGGUUUCUGGCUCAUGAAAUUGAUUAUCCUAGUGACAACGAGAAGGGAGCUGGGCAUGGGAGUGUUCCGGAUCUGCAAGAAAGGGGUCAAACCAAGGAUGAAAAUGAUGAUCAAUCCUUUGCAGAAGAGGAUUCUUACUUCUCUGGUGAACAGUAUUACCAGACAAAAAAUGUUGAACCUAUUGCAGCUUCAGAUGAUCCUAUAGGGCUGUCUGUAACUGAAAUGUAUGACAGAACUCAUGAGAAUGAUUUAAUUUCCCAAUAUGAUGGACAGUUAAUGGAUGAAGAGGAGCUUAAUUUGAUGCGUACUGAACCUGUUUGGCAGGGAUUUGUCACACAGACAAAUGAACUUGUAAUGCUAGGGGAUGGAAAAGUUCUCAAUGAGUAUGGGAGAUCACAGCUGGAUGAUAUUUGUGUGGAUGAUGACCAGCAUGGUUCAGUUAGGUCUAUUGGUGUAGGAAUCAGCAGUGAUGCUGCUGAUAUUGGCAGUGAAGUACGUGAAAGUUUAGUUGGAGGUAGUAGUGAAGGGGAUUUAGAAUAUUUUCAUGAUCAUGACAUUGCUAUUGGAGGUUCCAGACAAAGUCAUCAUGAGACAGAAAGGAAAUAUAUUGAUAAAUCAAUUAGGGAUAAAAGGAAAACUGGAAAAAAUGAUUCUAAUAAGUAUGUUAGUGGGAAUGAUAAAAGUCCAAACCCCCAGAUGAAGAAUCUUGCAGAUGGGGGCUUUUCUUUUCCUCCACCACUAAGAGAUGGGCAGUUGGUGCAGGCAGGCUCUAGUAAGUCUCUAUGGUCAAGUAACUGCAAUGCCACUGGCGAAGAACCUGAGGACUGUUUGAGUGCUUUGAUGGGGUCUGAUGAUAUGCAUGCUACAUGGAGACGGAAAAGCAGUGAUUCUUCAACCGCCAAAAGUUUUAGGGAGGAAAACAAUGCCAAUGGUGUAAGAUCAGCCAAUUCUAGUCCUUCAACUCUCUCUAAUUAUGGUUAUGGUGAACAAGAGCUGACCAAGAAAGAAGAGGAUGAGAAAAUUAGUGGUGUGAGGGAAGAGGAUCCUGGGGCAUCACUUGAGGAUGAGGAGGCUGCUGCUGUCCAAGAGCAAGUGAGACAAAUUAAAGCACAGGAGGAGGAAUUUGAGACCUUCAACCUCAAGAUUGUGCAUAGGAAAAACAGAACUGGAUUUGAGGAAGACAAGAAUUUCCAUGUUGUUUUGAAUUCUGUUAUAGCUGGGCGCUAUCAUGUUACUGAGUAUCUUGGAUCAGCAGCUUUUAGUAAAGCUAUACAAGCACAUGACCUGCACACAGGCAUGGAUGUCUGUGUGAAAAUUAUAAAGAACAACAAAGAUUUUUUUGAUCAAAGCCUUGAUGAGAUUAAGCUUCUCAAGUAUGUUAACAAACAUGAUCCAUCGGAUAAGCAUCACAUUCUCCGAUUGUAUGAUUACUUUUACUACCGAGAGCAUUUGCUAAUAGUCUGUGAACUUCUCAAGGCAAACUUAUAUGAGUUCCAUAAAUUUAAUAGGGAAUCUGGUGGAGAGGUUUACUUCACAAUGCCAAGAUUGCAGUCAAUUACCAUUCAGUGUUUGGAGGCUCUCCAGUUUUUGCAUGGCCUUGGCCUAAUACAUUGUGAUCUGAAGCCGGAAAAUAUAUUAGUAAAAAGCUAUAGUAGAUGUGAGGUGAAGGUUAUUGAUCUUGGAAGCAGUUGUUUUGAGACAGAUCAUCUAUGCUCCUAUGUUCAAUCCAGGUCCUAUCGUGCACCAGAGGUUAUCCUAGGACUUCCAUAUGAUAAGAAGAUAGAUAUUUGGUCACUUGGCUGCAUCUUGGCAGAACUCUGUACUGGCAAUGUCCUCUUCCAGAAUGAGUCACCUGCGACAUUAAUUGCAAGAGUAAUUGGAAUCAUAGGUCCCAUCAAACAAGACAUGCUUGCUAAAGGACGGGAUACAUACAAAUAUUUUACCAAGAAUCACAUGCUUUAUGAACGUAAUCAGGAGACCAACAGACUAGAAUACCUAAUACCCAAGAAGACAUCCUUGAGGCAUCGGUUGCCUAUGGGGGACCAGGGUUUCAUUGAUUUUGUUGCACAUUUGCUUGAAAUAAAUCCAAAGAAGCGCCCUUCCGCAGCAGAGGCUCUGAAGCACCCAUGGCUGUCUUACCCAUAUGAACCCAUAUCAGCUUGAGUGCUCUACAGAUUUGCUUGAUGAGACUUGUGGCAAUUGCUUGUGCCACAUUUCAGCUCUCUUACUGACUGGGGAAGGAGCUGUAUUGUUAUCCUGACUGGAAUUGGUGUUAUAAAGUGAUCUCCAAGGAGUUUUCCCCCCUUCAGAUGCCUGCAAAAUGCAUUCAAGGGUGUGUUUGGCUUUAUAUAUAUAUAUAUAUAUAUAUCCUUCUCCUUACCAAAAUAGUAUUUGAAUUUACCAUUACGAAGGAUGUAAUUUUGGAACAGUGUCCUUAGAGUUUCCUUCAUCACUUCAGGGGAAUCUAAUAUUGUUGUACAUGAUGUGUGAUAAUUCUUUUAGGUUAUUUAGUAAUUAAUAGCUUUGUGAAAUAGUUGGUAACCAAAAUUUGGUAUUGGCUGCACUAUAUCUAGUCUGGAGCAAGGUUGCUUCUCCAAUGAGCGUUCAGGCUCGGUGAUUUUAUUAGUGCAUUCCAUGCAUUGAUUGCAUGAUCUGCAUGAGCUUCUUUUUUUUUUUUUUUGGCUUUUAGAUGAUAUUCCUGUUAUUUGCAGCUAGCCACAGUUUCGCAUUUCAAUGUAGUUGGUAUCUCUCUCAGAUUGCACCAUGUUUCCCGUCUCUCUUUUUUUUUUUUUUUUCUCUAAUCGUUGUUAGCAAGAGGCAGAGGGUGAAAUGAGGGAAAGUGGCAUGCAAGAGUUUCAAAUAAUUAAUCAAUUAGAUCCUUAUUUGGUUUGAUCCAAAAGUGCAGAUAGAAAUUGGGAGAGAAUUGGAUUCAAAAAAAAUUGAUGCCACUUUUUUCUUCCUGUUUUUUGCUCUCCACAAGCGAAGUUUACGCUCAAGU